AUGCAGUGCUGCUGUGGAAAAAUGCAGCUUCAGGAGAGGAUCGAGGUUUGUCGCAUUCUUGCUAAUAACAAUGUAUCCUUGCUGUUCACCCGUUUCUCCCUCUUUCCUGUCGCUUCUCUUUUCUUCUUGUUCAUCGCGGCAUCAUCGAAAGGGCACAUCAUCAGCACAGUACGUAUGGAAACCCCAGUCGGACCAUCACAGAAGACAAGAGAUCGUCAACGGUUCGCGGAAUGGAACACGCGCAUGGGACCCCACGUAAUUGUGGAAACACGCCGGACUGGACCCUGCAUCCACCUGAUGUCUGAUUGCUUUGAUGGACCUGGGGACACGCAAUAG